CAACCCUCCGUCUGUUUUGUCUACCUUGCCUGUUCCCGGCGUCUGCUAUUGAGCUAUACUAUCUGCAUACCUAUUCUCGCUAUAUCUUGCGGAUACCAUUGGCAAAAUGAGCUCCAACAAGCAUCACCAGCACAAAAGGUCAAGGGAAACUCGAACCUCCCAGUCCAGCUCACAGGUUCAGCAGGAAGUCACACGACUUACCAGAGAUGCAAUGGUUUCCGAAGACAAGAAGAAUCAGCUCUCUGAGAUUAUACGCAGGACUGGCCAUUCCACAGGGGCAGGCCACAUCGACACUAUGUACCAGUACAACCGCAUGGUCGCACCAGGCAUUCUCAAAGGCGUCGGUGAGCUUUGUGAGUUAUUUGAAACGGCUGAGGUGGUAUCUGUACCGGAUUUUGCUCUUAAUAUCAGCGGCUGCUUUGCGCGCUAUGUUAGCGCUGUCGACAUUACCGAUGCGGAUACCGGUGAGUUGUACGAGGUCAGCGCCUAUGCAAUCAACUAUGCCGUUCGUCCUGAGCUCGUAUCGCAAAUUACGGAGUGGAUUAUCAGUCAUGGCAGGCACAACCGUCUCUCGACAUGCAGCUUUUCCGGUGUACCCAUACCUGAAUUCGACUUAUACCGAAGCUCAGAAAACCUGAGCACGGGUAUUUGCUUUGUCCGUGAGCCACGCUCCAGCUCCUCAGCAGCCAGCCUGUACAGGGACAAUCCUGGGUAUAGCGCGGGAAGAACAAUCAAACCUCUCCUUAUCUCUGGGCCAUGGGGAAUAGGCAAGAGCCAUUUGAUGUUCGGUGCUGCUGCAAAACUAGCAUGCAUGCCCAAGGUGGUGGUUAUAUACAUCGGCGACGCAGGCGAUCUCAUUGUGCAGCCGGGUUCCAAUGACCAGUACAUUGCGGUUAUCGAGCAUAUUGCGUGUGCAUUCAUCAACUACCCGGUUGCCUUGGACGCUAUUUCCAGGUGGUACAGGAAUUCUGGGACGUCACAGGCGAAUCUGGCGGAGCAUACGAAUUUACUUCUGAAGGACAUUCAUGGUAACCAACUAGUCAUUGAUAUUCUUGGAUUGGGACAGAGCCAGCAGUUCAUGACAGUCGUAUCGACAUCAAACGCGAAUAAGGUUGACCAGGUCGUCGGGUGUACAGUGCAGUGCAUCAUUUCAGGGGUUCCCACGAAUGCAGAUAUUGCAAAUAUUGCAUUUGCUGUGCACCCAUCACUGGAACUUUCUGCAGAGCAGUUGGAGCGUGCCUCAGCCCAGUUGGAUAACCACGCUGUUGAUGUCGUAUCGGCACUGACCCGUCUUAGCAACUACGUCGAGCGCAGGAGUGAUGCCCAAGUCAGUACUGGUCUCCACAGUUCCGAUCCAUUGCGAGUAUGCAUCAACGAGCAGAUUCUGGAACGUAACUCUAGGAUUCUGCGGCAACAUUCAGCCUUCGUCACUCAAACCCUAAGCAAGACUAUUUCGAGGUUUGAUGUCAUGGACAUGCACCGGGUGGGACCGGAAAUUGGUGAUAGCAUGUGGGCGAUCUCAACCAAAACCGGAGACCUGCGCGCAAAGCUCCUGAGGAUUAAGCUUGCUAUUUUUAGGGAGCACCAUGGGUUGAGUAUGGAGCCUAAUCUGUGUCGCGACCUGCAGUUUGUGGUUCCAGACUAUGCUCUUGGCAAUGGCCAAUAUGCGUCUGCUGCAUUUUGUCACCGCAACGACUCGACUACUCAGCCAGCUGCUGCAUGUGGUAUCCUGUACCGGAGCUAUUUCAGCGGUACUGUUCAUGAGCAGUUCCAGUGGAUUUUUGAUGGAGCCAGCUUAAAGCGCGAUAUCGAUACGCCCACACGACUACGCUAUUUCGAUCUCUCAUUUCUUGAGCUGGAGCAGCUGGUGGCGUCCGCGUGUGCUUUGAGUGAUGAGUCCAAAAUGAUAGUGUCAAUCGAUUUUGGUCGCAGAGUUUUCCAGCAUCGCCAUUGCACCACAUUUGGUGAGGCGACUACGAUAGCCAGAGCAGCCGCUGAACGUAUGAGCAAGGACCCGCCUAGGUAUUUGCCAGUCAACAAGAACGCGGAGAUUGAGAUUCGGUACUCGACAAUGCUCUACUUCCCGACCAUUGAAUUCGACAAAGAGUGGAAGGGCAAAGGAAUGAAGACGACUACAUAUGACCAAGGAUCAUUUAUGCUGGCGCUUACCCGUAUCGACUGGUUCACAAAUGGCCGCUACACGACCUGCAAAAUCGAGGCAACUUGGAUUGCCAAUGAUCCGAUCGAGCUCGAGAUACCCUUAUCCAGUAAUGAGCCGGCAGCUCACAAGAGUAAUCAGGACUACGACAUGGUCAAGGCGCUAGAGUACGAAAAUAGCUGGUCAGCCAGAGCGAUUGGCAUAUUCAGCGGUAUUGGGCAACGGGAAAGUUUUGGCAAUGUUAGCAAGGUGGACAUGCUGGUCGUGACGCGUCAAGACCGUGUAGAUGGUAUUAUUCGGGGCAAGCACAGGCUGACUUCCAUGGAUCCGAUGCAUAUGUCAAGAUGUGGUCUUGUUGCCAUUGAGACGAUUAGUAAACUCAGGCGGACAUUAUCAUAUAUCUAGCUUUUAAUCAACACAUAGGGCUAGCUUUAGGAAACCACAUCUUGAGCGAAUGUUAAUGUCAUUUGGCUGACAGUGAGAUCUCAUGUAAGAAAUAGGACGAAGAGGGCAGGCAUUGCCCAUUAGUCAGUAAUGUUCCAUAUGGCCUACCAUCGCUGCAUGGUAGCCACCCACACAGAGAUACCAGUGCACCCCAUGUUGUCACCAAGUCUAAAAGCCAAGGAAGUUGCAGAAAUACCUCAGGGUGGUUGCUUACUAUGUUGAACGGUGGUUGUAGUAUAAUAAACACGUAUCCGUUGAGAGACUUGAAAUACAUCAAGUAAUCCUUACCAAUAUAUAAGAUUCUAUAGCCCAAAAAGUGU